AUGUCUGCUGAAGCACCCGCGCCUCUCCACCUGCGGCGCCUCAAGAAGGAAGAUCUCAACUACGAGGGCCGGGUACGGGCCGAGAAGCACAAGGAUGAGCUUAUCAUGGACUACACUGCCUACCUGGCGGCUCACCCGGAGAUCACCCCACUCCUACACGAUAUUAUGCAGCACUUGCUGGUGCAGAAGCCAGACCAUCCACUCGAGGCCAUGAGCGAGUUUGUGCGGACGCGCACAUCGAGUUCUUUGUAG